GAAUCUGUCAUAACAUAACCUAACACACCCAAUUUCAGAAAAGCAAAAAUUCCACUAUUUUUUUUGUAUAUUAUUGAUUAAACAAACAAGAUAGUUUAAUCGAACAAAUUCCGCCUGCAUUAAAAAUUAAAGUACAUGAAAACUGGACCAAAAAUGACAAGCCAAUUAGUAAGAGGUUAGAAUUUUUAGCUUAUGAGUAAUACUCUUUCAAUACCAUUCUUAAGACUGAUUAGAAUUAUGAGGAUAUUAAGAUUUUUGUUCGCUUUAUAUACCAUAAGGAGCGUAAUUUCUCUUGAAAAUGAUUUUCUUGGUUGUUACAAUAACUCUCCUGGAAAGGUCAUAUCAAUAGAACAAUAUGUAUCAACACCAGCAUGUAUCAAACUGUGCUAUUCAAAGUACUAUCGAUACUCUUUUAUUGCAAAAGAAAGCAGCUGUUCAUGUAGCAAUUAUUUAGGAGAACAAGUUUUUAAUGGAACUUGUAAUGAGUGUCAUUCGUGUGACUACAAUAGUAAAGCCCCUCCAGCAGAUACCUACGCAACAGGAAAUCUAGUUCCUGGUCCACCAAAAAACUUUGUAAUAUCGAACAUAACAGAAAACCAUGUAAGAAUUACAUGGCAGGAGCCGGAAUCAUUCAUUGAAAUUACCAAGUACCGUAUAAAGGCAAAUGUAAUUCACACAUAUUCCAGUUAUUCCACAUACAGCCCCGAAUGGACAUACUCCAACAAUACAUAUCAAACUGAACUGAUUACGUUAUUGCCUGCCACUAAAUAUAAUAUCACUCUGUCUACAAUUUCUCCUGAUGGUGACGGAGCGUUAGUUUUUAGAGUUAUUGAAACAAAAAUUGACACUCCAGAUUCUGAACCGAAUAAACCAGAAGUAGUCGAAAAUAGAGGACAACAAAUUGAUAUUAAAUUAUUGCCAACUUCCAACAACAAUGGACCUAUUACAUCUUACAAAAUUAUUGUAGUUAAUGAGGAUUUGAAUCAAGACUUCGAUCCGUCUACCCUGACAUCAUAUCAUGAGGCAAACAGAAAUCAACUUUCCUAUUAUGUAACAGCUGAAUUGAGUCCUACGGACAUUACAAAAAUAUUUACCAUUGGCGAUGGUCAAACUUACGGACGCUAUUACAAUGCUCCACUAGAGUCCGAUGUCAAUUAUAACAUAAUAGUAGCUCUUGUAAGCAGGUUAAAUGGAGUUGAAAAAGUUAGAUACAGCUCAGGAGCCAUUACAGGAAAUGGGGUAUCUAUACUUAAUGUUUCUGACGAACAAAUGGAGGGUGACCAUCAAACUGUUAUAAUUGGGCUAUCAGUAGCUAUAGGUUUAUUAACAUUUAUGUUAAUAGUCGGUAUUAUUGGAUUUAUUAUCCUGAAGAGCAGAGUAGUUAAUAGAAGACACAGGCUUUCAGAUAACCAAGAAUUGACUCUUCAGGGACCUAUGAUUGAAGUUGAAAAUAAUGGCUAUAUACAUGAAGACGAACCAAUGCCUGUAAAUCACUAUAGGAAUCUGAAACAAAGAGUGAGGACAAUACCCGUCAACCAGCUUAAAGUCGAACCAACUAACUUAUUAGGUGUUGGAAGAUAUGGGAGAGUUAACAGUGCACUAUUGCAAGAAAAAGACAGCGAAAAUGUAAUUCCAGUAGCAGCUUACACGAUUCAAGAUAAGAAGAUGUCUCAAGAAACGAGAAAAACCAUGUUGCAGGAAUUGGAUUUACUAAUAAAAGUGGGAAAACAUGAGAAUACUGUAGAAUUUUUGGGGAUGUGUGAAACUGCACAUUUAAUAUAUAUCGCACUAGAACAUGGCUCAUUGAAUCUCAAGGAUGUUUUACUAGGGAGUAGAGAUGCUUUACCUGGAAGGUUUAGCAAUAUGUCUGAAAGUAGGGCUCUCGAAAUAGCGGUACAAGUUGCUAGAGGAAUGGCGCAUUUGGAUAACUGCCAAAUAAUUCAUAAACAGCUAUGUGCCCGUAGUGUAAUUAUUACAAGUAACAAUGUACCUAAGAUAACCAGCUUUGGUAUAGCUCAGUAUUUUAGCCAUAAUAAAAUACCUGAUUAUACGCGAUGGACAGCUGUUGAAGUUUUCAAGAACCAUCCUUACAAUAGGAAGAGUGAUAUUUGGUCUUUUGCCUGUGUAUUGUGGGAGAUUUGUGCACUAGGAGGCACCCCAUAUGGUUCUGUAGCAAACAAUAAUGAGAUUCCAGAAAGGAUUUUAAAAGGUUUACGACUACCACAGUUACAGUACAUCGAUGACGAUCUUUAUCAAAUCAUGCUGGAUUGUUGGCAAUUGGAUUACGAUGAAAGACCGACGUUUAUGCAACUCGUCGACUCCCUGGAAUAUUUGAAACAUAACACUCUCAUACCUCAUGUAAAUUUCCAACUCUUUCCCAAUUUCCAAUAUGAACAGUUUUACCCUGAUAUGGAACUAGCUGUUAGACCGAUAUUUUGAGAUAUUUUUUAUAUUUAUCAUAUAAGGGUUAAUUUUUAAUUUUAAUGUUUGGACAUAAACGAUACAUGCUUAUCUAUUAAAUGGAUUUUAGUAGGGCUUAAGGAUGAAAGCACAAUAUUUUUGUAUUCGUUAGCAUUUUGUUUAGGUCUUUGAUAUUUAUUUACAACAUGCCAUUCCUUUUGAUGGUAGCUUUUACAUUCCAUUUUUAAUAUUUAUUUCGUGUAUUAAUAGUGAUCCUUAAUUUUUAGAAUUGACAAAAACGUACUAUGUAUAUUGAAUUUUAUUUUAUUAGUGACCUAGUCAUUUUAUUUCAAAAAGGUAUUUUUAUUAUUUCUAUCGAACUCCAAGACUUAUCUAGGUAUAAUUUACUGGGAUCUCUAUUAAUAUUUUAGUGCCAAGUAGUAUGUAGAUUUAUUAGAAAGCAUACGUUGGGUAACAAAAACUUAUUUGUUAAAAUAAGUUCCUAGCAACUUGAAUUCGUUUAUAAAUUUUUACUAAACAAUCCUUAAUUGUUAAAAAAUACUUCAAAAUUUUCCUAAUUUUGAAAAAUUAAGUGAAAUCUUAAAGGUGUUACCUGAUAUUUUGCUCUAAUAAUUUGUAAUAUUGUUUACAUAGAUCUGAAAAAUCUUAGUUUUAAUUAAAUUACAUGUAUUAUUUUGACAUGACAAGUUUGGAUUUAUUAAUUUAUGAAUCUCAUUCUAAUUUAACAUUCCAGUGCAGCGUUUAAAAUCAGUCUAAUAGGAAGCAAACUGGUUGUGAUUUUCAUUUUAUUUCCUUUAUAGUUGUUGCUUUUAGUUGUAUUGAUUACAUUAGAACUAUGCAUGGAAAGUGAUGUUCAAUAUUUUAUAUAGGUUUAAGAAUAGAAGGGAUGUAAUUGGAUUUCUGAAACAAUUUUAAAUAUUUAUGCAAAUAAGAUUAUUUUAAAGAUUUAUUUCAAUUACAUCCUUUAUACAAUAUUUAUUAUUCAAUAAAGUUGUUUAACUUUUUAAGGUAAUUAUUCGAACAAUUUUUAAUUUUAAAACUAAUUCGUCCAUGUAAUAUAAGCUAAUCCUUAUAUAAGCACUUUAAUAAGGGCUAAAUUUAUUGUGGUUCUACUUAAUAGUAGGCAUUUCCUUAAGUACUAAGUGGUUAUGAAAUAUACAAAAAUCGUAAAACCAAUUUUGUUGUUCUUUAAUUUAUGCAAUAAGUUAAUUUUCCGAAUUUCAAAUCGCUCAAAAAAUUUUUUUCCAAACAGGGUUAAUAAUAAACGAGUUAAUAUUGUAAGUGCUAGUGGAUUAAAUUCAGAUAUAAUUUUUUAAAUGAAAUAAAUUAAGGGAUAAGUAACAAAUUAGGUUUUUGUAGAUUGUUACAAUAAAAAUGAUGUUAAAUUUAUUAAAUAUGUACUUUAUUUGACUAAAGUAUCAGUACAGGACUUGAAUGUAAUACAAAAAUUUUGCGUUAUUAUUUCGAGACUAAUUUACGUUCGGGUUACUUAUUUUAGAUAACUAAAAUUUUGCAUCAUAUACUGAAUUUAAAAUUGUUUUUUACAUUAUCUUUACACGUACAAUUUUGACAUUAAUUUACAAGCAUAAUUUACCUUAUACCUAAUUUUAAGCAAUAUGUACAGAUACGUAAGAAAAUUUGAAAUUGAAAUUGAUUCAAAUGUUCAAAGUCUUUUAAGUAUUUGUUUA